GCGAUGCUGUCUGGGUUCUGCAGAAUCUGUCUCCCUCAUCGCACUUGGCCCAGGCUGAUAUUAAGAUUCAUCUGCAUUCCCCGCGCACCCGCCUGGCAGAUGGUGGGGGAGGAGGCUGGGUGCGUGCUGGGGGCUGCAGCCAGAGACCAAGCUAGGCUCGGAGGGCCACAGAGCAGAGUGCCCACCCACCGUGCUCCCUCGGCCCAGCCCCGGACUGGGACCACUCCAACCACCGGGGUACCUCCUCACCCUCACAACCUCCAAGGGGUGCUGAGGACUUGACCUUUGCUUUUUCUAAGGACUGAAGGGGUCCUGGAGUUCCGGGAAGGAAACACGGAUGUGCGUGGGACCACGGAGGAUGGGCCCCACUUUGGGGAAUUCCAAAUAAGGGUCCUCCUUGCCCUGGGGGCUUGCAGAGGUGGGAGAAAAGCAAGGACCCCAUGGGAUAGGAGCACCCUGUCCUGGUGGCUCCCUGGGUCACAGGGAGGGUCAUCUACGGCCAGGAUGACGGUCCUCCCGGCUCCGAGGACCCGGAGCGUGAUGACCACGAGAGCCAGCCCCGGCCCCGGAUGCCUCGGAAGCGAGGCCACCUCUCACCUAAGUCCCGCCUCGUGGCCAACUCCACUCUCCUAGGGCUGCUGGCUCCCCCCGGGGAGGCAUGGGGCGUCCUUGGCCAGCCCCCCAACCGCCCGAACCACAGCCCCCCACCGUCAGCCAAGGUGAAGAAAAUCUUCGGCUGGGGUGACUUCUACUCCAACAUCAAGACGGUGGCCCUGAACCUGCUCGUCACGGGGAAGAUCGUGGACCACGGCAACGGGACCUUCAGCGUCCACUUCCGACACAACGCCACCGGCCAGGGCAACAUCUCCAUCAGCCUCGUACCGCCCAGUAAAGCUGUAGAGUUCCACCAGGAGCGGCAGAUCUUCAUCGAAGCCAAGGCCUCCAAGAUCUUCAACUGCCGAAUGGAGUGGGAGAAGGUGGAACGGGGCCGCCGGACCUCGCUCUGCACCCACGACCCGGCCAAGACCUGCUCCCGAGACCACGCUCAGAGCUCAGCCACCUGGAGCUGCUCCCAGCCCUUCAAGGUCGUCUGCGUCUACAUCGCCUUCUACAGCACGGACUAUAGGCUGGUCCAGAAGGUGUGCCCAGAUUACAACUACCACAGUGAUACCCCCUACUACCCCUCCGGGUGACCCUGGGCGGGCCACAGAGGCCGGGCCGGGGCUGGAAGGACGGGCCUGCCCGCGGAGGAGGCCAUCUGGCUGGAUACUGGGCAGGGACACGGGGAGGGACCUCAGGCAGGGAAGGGGGGGGUGGAGAGAAGGAGAUGCCAGGUGGGGCCGGGGCCAAGUCUCACGUGGCGGUGGGGAAGGGGUCCCAAGUGCGGGGCCCCAGCCUGGGGUUGUGGAGCGGCCGGGGCAUAGGAGCACUGGAGGAGGAGUGGGGUCUCUGGGCAGCCCCGCGGGGCUCCCCUGCUGAGCGACAGGAAGGUGCUGGGCCCAGGAGACCGCUGGCGAAGGCAGACCAGUGUGGCCAGAUGAGGUCACGGAGAAGAGCCCGAAGCCUCGGCUCCCUCCUUGCCAUCCUGAGAAAGAACAAGGAGAGGGGUCUCUCAUCCGCAAGGGCACCGAAGGACGGCAGAGACGAGACGGGGCUGCCCGGGAGCCAGCCCUGGGUGGGGGGAGGGGCGGGGCCGGAGGAACUCUUGAGCCCCGCUGAGUCAGCCCCCACCCCCAAGCCCAUUGUCCUGGACGGUGGACUGAACUUGGCUUCAGGCUGAAGUGGUGACCCUUGGAGUCGUUUUGACGUCUUGACGAAUAGACCGUCUGCUCCCCGCCAGGCCGUAACCUUUCCAAAAUUCCCUCUCCUGCCAUUGCCGCUCCUCCCCUCCCCGCCGCCCCUGUCCACCCCUGUGCCGAUGGGUCACCCAUCCUUCAGCUGCAACCGAGGGUGACUGUGGUUCUCCCACCACCAAGGCCACAGAUGGGAGCCCACCCUUGCGCUGUGUCCCCUCGCCACCCCACCCCCCUGCUGGCUCCUCUGGGAGCGUCCUCGUCCAGCCAGCAAGCCUUGCCCGUCAGCCUGGGACCCACCCGGAUGGAUACAGGGCCUUCGGCAGCUCGGGGCCGCGCGACGCCAGACUGACAAGGGCGCUGGACCUGUUCCGUGGUGUCUGUCUGUGGGUGGGGGAGGGGAGGGCGGGGUGUGCGAUCCCCUGAUUGUCAGCUUGUGUGCAGAGUCUUGUUCUGGAGCCGGGAAUAAAGCUUUCCCAGGGC